ACAGGGCUGCAUGCGUUGUGUGGUCGGUAUGGCUUUCAACUCUUGUCAAAAAUUAGCGACAACAAUUUGUGUACAGAUAAUUGCUAAAGUUAAAUAAAAAAGUGUUAAACAUGUCGAAGGUGGACCAAGACGCCAGCACCUCGGCGAGCAUCAUGGAGCAAAUCAAGGUGCUCAUCGAGCCGCCACCCAACGAGGACGAGAAGGCCGUGAAGGGCACCACAAACACGAAGCAUCCGUACUACAGGCGCCCGGGUCGUGGCCACAAUCACGAUUAUUGCGAUGCCUGCGAGGAGGGCGGCAAUCUGCUGUGCUGCGACCGCUGCCCCUCCAGCUUUCACUUGCAGUGCCAUGAUCCGCCGCUCAGCGAGGAGGAUAUACCCAGCGGCCAGUGGCUGUGCCACAGCUGCCGCAUGGUGAAGGUUGUCCAGCCACGAUCCAAGGCAAAUUCCGUGGAGCGCGUUCCCUCGGGUGGGAGUGGUGGCUCGCGCGGGCACACACCCUCGUCGGGGGACCUGGAGUCGAUACCGCAGAAGAUCCGCAAUCUACGCAAGCGGAGCAACAGCGAGCGCAACAGCACCGAGAAGCUGCUGGCCAAGAUGCCGCGCGCCAUACAGCGUGCCCUCGAUCCCAAUAAGCGUCCCACGCCGCUGGACGACAUCAUACGCGCAGCGAGCAUGCUCAAUCCGCAGCAGUUCUCGCUGCCGCCCGAGCUGGAGCUGCACACGCAGUUCCCCGGCAACGGCAAGGUGCAGCCGGUGCAGCAGACGCAGCCGCAUGUGGGCAAUGGCCGGAACAGGGUGUCGGGGAAUCAGCGUCGCAACUCGAAGCCGUUCGAGCUGGAUGGGCAGGGACUGGUGCCGCUGCCGGCCAAGACAUGCUUCUACUGCAGCAAGUCGUGCAAGCGGGCGCCGCUGCUGUCGUGCGACUACUGUCCGCUGUUCUACCAUCAGGACUGCCUGGAUCCGCCGAUGACGGCGCUGCCGGCGGGACUCUGGAUGUGCCCGAAUCAUGCCGAGAACUUCAUACCUGCUCUCUCUCUCCAGGACGCCCACAUGACCACCAGCAUUUCGGCGACGGAGCGUGUGCGUCUGUGGAAUCGCUUCAACCAGCCGGUCGACCACGAGAGCGUCAAGAUGGAGUUCUUCCGCCGGGUGCACACCCGCCAUCCCCCCUUCCGCACCAAGACCACCGUCCGUACGCGCGCCCACAUCGAUGUCCCGGCCAGUGUCCGCCACCACUACGAGCAUCCCCCGCCACUGCUCCCCUCGAUGCGCCAGACACUGCGCUACGAUGGGGUGAAGCGUCGCAAGAAUCUACCCAAUUCCGUCGAGGAGAUAUCCAAGGAGACGGUGACCGAGUCUCUGCUCAAGGAUCUGGAGGCACUGCGCUCGGCCCAUGCCAAAUUCCGUGAGAUACAGCGGGAGUAUGGCAAUGGCCAGGACAUGGAGGACAGCGACAGCGACACGAGUCCAGACCCUGCAGAACCAGAGGCGGGUGCGGAAACGGCAGGGGCAAACGCUCCAGAUAAGCUGGAGAAUGGCACGACUGCCAUGGAGCAGGGAGGAGCAGGAGAACCAAAAGUGGAGGCCAUCAAGAUCGAGGAGCAGCCAGAGAAUCCCCAGCUGGACCUGAGCUUCGACGAGGAGGAGGAGGCAGACAGCAAGUCGGCGAUCAUCGAUGCAGAUCUGCGCCACCUGGACGUGGACAUCAUCAAGAAGCUGGCCCACCAGCGCCUGCAACAGCUUGUCCAGGAGCAUCCGGAGAUUGUCACACAGUACAAGAAUCGCACGGCCGCUCGACGUUUGCGUCAGCUGACGGCACAGCAGCAGCCGGCGGUGCCGUGCGUCGCACUGCAGGGCGAUCUGGCCCCCGAGGACAUGAAUCGUUUCUCGCUGCUUUUCACCAGCGAAACGUCAUCGAUACUGGCGCAGAAGAACGGCAAUGCCGCCGACGAGGAUCCCAUGAUGGCCCUACAUCCGGCUCUGGCCACAGCUGCGGCCAUUGCGGCUGCCGAUGCUGCCGCCGAGAGCUAUGUGCCGCGAGUGCGCAGCGAUGCGGAGAAGGCGUACGAGCUGGCCGCACGCCUCGAGCUGAAGCUGCUGCAGUGCAAGGUGCGUGCCCGUGCGGUGAUGACGCCCCUGGGCGAUAUGCUCGAGGACAGCCGCUGGUUCAGCUCGCUGAGCCUGGACCAGUCGAUCUAUAUGCGCUACCGCACCCUCUAUGUGGGCUAUGGGGGACACUUUACGCCCUCGACAUCGAUGUGCCACACCGAGACCGUUGAUCUCUCCGCCAUCGGCUACUGCAGCCGCAUCUCGCCCCAGCACGCCAUCAUAUUUUACGACGAGUUCUCCAAGUCCUUUGAGCUCAUCAACUACUCAGAGUUCGGCACGGAGGUCAAUGGGCAGCUGUACACGUGCGAUCUAACCGAGAAUGGCCGCACGAAAAGCGUCAAGCGCAUGCGGCCCGACGAUGCCGAUCUGAAGCGUCGCGUCGAUGAGAUCCUGGACAAGCGUCGCCACAUCGAGCGACAGUACGAGCCGAAAAAAUUGGGCGAGGAAAGACUGGUGGGCAUCGUGAAGCCUGCCUGCCGCUGCCAGGCGACGGGUGAGCCGGUGCCCAUGGUGCCCGGUGCUUGGGAGGGUGCCGCUGUGCUCGCUCAUGGCACGCUCUUGCGCUUUGGCUGCCUUGCGUUUGUCUUCUCAGUACCCUCGAAGGAUCUGCUGCAGGCACAGGCACGCGCCCAGCGACAGGCGUAGAACA